UCCAUACCUACUUUUACCUGUUGUGUUGAACAUUGCAUAGAACUGGUCACACACACAACCUCAGGCGGUUCUUCGAGUAGAAAUAGUGGGGAACGCUGUUACCGAGUUACUAGCGUGAGGGGAGUAAGUUAGACACAUCUGAUUUAGGUGUUCUGUCUGAUGGAUUGGAAAUAACAAUGUAUUUACUCAGUAUUCUGUAUUGCACAUAACCUCAAAAUUAUUCUGAACGUAUCGGGAACGUCUAAAGUUUAUCAAAACUGGAUAGAAUGGCAGAUGUGCGUGAUAUAUUGGACAUUGAGGUGCCCACGACCAGUGAGCUCACAAAGGAAUCGAUUAUAGGAGGUGAGAAGAAAAAUCGGAAGAAAUAUGAAUACAAAGUACCUAAGCGACCGGAGGGUAUGCACCGUGAGGUUUUUGCACUGUUGUGCAAAGACAACAACGACGUACCACCGUUGUUUCCAACGGAUACAGCGAAAGGAUACAAACAGGUCAGAGCUAAGCUUGGUAUGAAAAAGGUUAGACCAUGGAAAUGGACACCUUUCACUAAUCCUGCAAGAACAGACGGUGCAGUUUUCCAUCAUUGGAGACGAGUGGCAGAUGCAGGGAAAGAAUAUCCUUUUGCCAAAUUCAAUAAAAAGGUUCCUAUUCCAACAUACACUAACGCAGAAUAUGUGCAACAUUUAGUUACAAAUGGAUGGACCAGAGCAGAAACUGACCAUCUAUUCGAUUUGUGUAGAAGAUUCGAUUUAAGGUUUAUAAUAAUCAAGGACAGAUGGGAUCGUACCAAGUUUCCUGCAAGAUCUGUGGAGGAUUUGAAAGAGAGGUAUUAUCAAGUGUGCGCUGCUCUAACGAAAGCAAAGUCUCAUACUGAUAAGGUGUAUAUAUUUGAUGCAGAACAUGAGAAGCGCAGGAAAGAGCAGUUAAAAAAAUUGUUCGAAAGAACACCGGAACAAGUUGAAGAGGAGCAAAUGUUACUGGCUGAGUUAAGAAAGAUUGAACAAAGAAAGAAAGAAAGGGACAGAAAAACGCAGGAUUUACAGAAAUUAAUAACAGCAGCUGAUCAUCAAGCUGACCCAAGAAAGAAUGAAAGAAAACCUACGAAGAAGAGCGCAGCUUCCUCCAGAAACAGACCAAAUAAGACUGAUACAUCUCACGUAAAUCAUUUCCCUGUUGUCUUUGCGAACGAAAACUCGAGACAUACGCUCAACGUGUCUUCUCACUUUCAGACUGUCGAGUCGGCUGGUAUCAAGUUCCCAGACUUCAAAAAUAGCGGCGUGUCGCUUCGCUCCCAAAGAAUAAAGUUGCCAAGUAGCUUAGGUCAGAAAAAGAUGAAGGGUAUCGAACAAAUGCUCAAUGAACUGAGAUUAGAAUUGAAUCCACCGCCCACCGAGCAGAUAUGCCAACAAUUCAACGAGUUGAGAAGUGAUAUCGUCCUGCAUUACGAGCUGCGAAGCGCGUUGUCGACGUGCGACUACGAGUUGCAAUCAUUGAGGCAUCAAUACGAAGCUCUAGCUCCCGGGAAGACGUUAACGAUACCUCCAGCGUUACUACCGAAAACCGAGCCAGAAGUGAAAGCAGACAUAAUAGACGUGGUUGGUUCGCCGAGCAUGCCAUCGAUUACUCACUGAUCUCCGGAAUAAAUGAAUGUCAUCCUAGCUGUACAUAAUUAGUGUCUAAGCGUCGAUUCGCGGUACCCGAUACACCUGGUAAAUUUGUUCAACGUGUUACGCUUAACUGUAUCGGUCUUUUAUAUUCUGUCGGACUACGAAUUAAAAGUGAUUUCAACGAACGUCGAAGAAGCUCUCGUUCUCAUUAGCCGCCCCGGAUAGAAACGUUCCAGUCCGGUAACGAGGGAUAGGUGAAUUCAAAGAAUGACACACGUUACUUAUAUAUCUGUGUAUUUUAUAUUGUCGACAAAAAGUAACAAUGUACGGUCAAACCGUAUAAUUUAUCUACAACAAUCUACAAUAGAUUACAGUAUGUUGUCUUGUUUCUUGUUGAGGGUUAGAGGGAGGCAGGAAUAUUAGAA